AUGGAGCUGUACUCAUCCCCUGAAGGUCUGUCCAAAGACGCUUCCCGCUUUGGACCUCAAAUGUCCCGGGUUACCGCGGACCAGGACUUCGUCUACUUGGGCAACCAAAAGUUCUACCGCCUGGACAUCCAGCGGAUGUUGGUGGACGCCUACCAAGGCGACCGCAUCCACGAGGACGCCCACAAGCCCACCGUUGCCCCUCCCAGAUUCGGCAACGGCGCUGUGGCCUUUGGCAUGGGCACCUUUGGCAUCACCGCUCUCGUGUCGGGGUUGUUCAACUGCAACGCCUUGGGGGUUACUCAACACCAGUUGAUGAUGCUGGUGGCGUACUUUGCUGGUGGCAUGGGACUCUUCAUCGCUGGCAUCUGGGAGUUUGCCGCUGGCGGUCUCACCUUUGUCGGAACGUCGUUGGUCAGCUACGGCGCGUUCUGGUUGUCGUACGGCGCCCUUUACACCCCGUCGCUUGGCAUUGUUGCCGCCUACAUGGCCCAGGACCCCACCCAACUUCCCAGUGCCAAGGGCUUUUUCUUGGUCGCCUGGGCGAUGUACUCGUUCAUGAACUUGACGCUUGUGCUCCGGGCCACCUUUGCCUACAUUCUUCUUUUCGGUCUGAUUAUGUUUGCGUUUAUCUUUCUCGCCGUUGGCAGCUUCAAGAACAGCCACACCUACGAGAUUGUUGGCGGUGUCUUCAGUAUUAUCACCGGUGUCACUGGGUUUGGCGUCAUGUACGCUGCUAUGGCGUACAAGACGGAAGCCUACUUUGUCCCCGACCCGAUGUUGAUCCCCCUUUACGGCACUAAGCCCAGAGAAGAGGACCCACACUUGUUGCACUUGAUGAAGGAAAAGCACCGUGAACGUCACCCCAAGAAGAUCCACCCUUACUAA